ACGCUUCGCUCCUCCUCCUCACGCUGCCCUCUCUCUCUGCCUCUCUCCACCUUCCCUUCCCUUCACAUUUUCACCUCGCUACAUCAUCAUCACCAUCAUCACCAUCGUCGUCACUCUACCAUCCCAAAAUUCAUACUCGACAUUCCACAUACAGCUCCACUCUCAUACUGGUCGUCGGCGAUAUCACCACUCCCCAUCUCAUCUAGCUCUUGUCGCUCGAGUGCAUCGACUUCGAACCGCUUUACGCUCGUUUUACGUCGUGCGAUCAACAAAAACAACUGGAAUUAGAUUCAGGCGAUCAAACUAGAACGACAAUCGACAACGACCUCGACUGCCUUUGUCAGCUUCAAUAUCAAUUAGACAUACUGAACACUUACAGUCAUUGCCACCAUGUCCUCUGGUGUAACUUCCCCUGCGGUCACCUCACCUGCUGCUUCGACGCCGGUGACCACUAGCGAACCCCCCACUACCACUUCGCCCACGACCACCGCUCAGGCUACAACCUCGGAGCAAGCUACUUCUCAACCUCCUACUACGACUGCUCAAGUUACCAGUCAAGCUGGGGAUACGACUUCGGCCAAUGGCGGAGUGACGACCACCGAACAGGGGGCGACGAGCAACCCUGCUACUACUACCUCUCAGGGCAAUAAUGGGGGCGGUGGUGGUAGUGUCACCACCGGGGCCGGAGGGACGACCGUCACCAACACCGCGGCAGGAUCUUCCGCACAGGCCACGGUCACGCAACAGCCUAGUUCGGCUGUGGUAGGGACGACGUAUAUCAGUACGGACGCUCAGGGGAGUACGACGUUGGUCACCGGGUCGACCACUGUGCCUGCUUCUCAGGUUUCGGGAGGGAGGACUUUGACGGUGACUAGGACGCUCAGCGAUGGUUCGACCGAGGUCACGGCCAUCGCAGAGGGUGGGAACAGCGGGUCUGGUAGUUCCGGUGGAAGCAACACGGGAGCCAUUGUUGGAGGUGUUGUCGGUGGAGUCGUCGGACUGGCGCUUUUGGCGGCUUUGGCCUGGUGGUUCUUGCGUCGAAAGAGAAAGAACAACGCCAACGAGUUUGACGACAUGAUGUUCGACCCGUCUCGAGGUCAUCAACGUGCAGCUCCCGGCGCGACCGACUUAAUAGACCCUGAGCCGACUACGGUCGAUCCUUACAGCUAUCCUCAGGCCGCCCCGGAAAUGUCGCAAUACGCCGCUGGAGGGCUCCCAUCCUCCCAACAAGCGGCAUAUGGCGCAGGCUACGCUGCGGCGGGCGCAGGAGCGGGUGCCGCCUUGGGUGCCGGUUUGGCUAGUUCUCGGACGGACUUGAGUUCGGAUGGGGGCGAUGGAGCCGGAGUUCACCGUGGACCUAGCACCGGGUCGACGUUGACCUUGGCAGGCUUCGCAGGGAGAGGUACGGGGAACGCUUAUUACGGUCAAGGAGGGGAUACCCAGAUGCCCACACCCGUACCUACCGGAACGUCGAGCUCGACUCACGAUAACAACCCGUACGGCGCGGCGGCUACCCCGUCGACGGCGGCUUCACGCAAGAUGAGGGAAGCUCAACAAGAGAGGUUGAGAAACAUGUAUGCGCAGAACGAUCAUGCCAACGAGGAGGGUUCGCCGAUAACCGCCCCGGCGAGUCCUUCGGGGGAGACCUCGACGUCGAUGCCGAGAGUGCACGAGGAUGGGGGACGUUAUGUGCCCGAGGGCGAAGAGGAGUUGCCACCUCAGUACCACUCGAUUCCGGCCGAUCGUCGUUGAUCCAUGUGGCAGCCAGUCUUAUAACCGGAUACGAUACGGACAAUCUCUUUCUCCUAUUACCA